AUGUUCCCCUUCAUCCCGAGACCCACCAAGAAGCGCUCCUCCACACGCGUCAAAUACGCCACUCUCUACGCCAUCCUCGCCGACAUCGAAGCCCUGCAUGAGCGCGUCCAUGAAAUAGCUUAUUACCAGAUUGAACGCUCGCUACCAUCUAAUGGCAUGACCACUAGUAUGAGCCGAGGCAUCCCUACAAAACCUCCCGCCUAUCCAUAUGGCCCGGCAUCUCCAUCGACUUCCGGCCUACCAACUUGGUUUUCCCAGCGCUCGAUGCCGAUGCAAGACCAUCCUCCGCGCUACGCUUACCCUCAUUCUCCGCCUCUUCCUCCGCCGCGAUAUGAGAGGAGACGAUCGCGUAGCUCGGAUUCUCCGGCGCCGGUGUUUAGGCUGCGCGGGGGGUUUGGUGCGCAUGGUGCGCAUGGGACGCCGAAGAUUACUAGGGCGGCGCCGGAUAGGAGGGCGAAGAGGGAUAAUGGGAAUAAGAGGGAGAAGAGGGUGAGGAUGAGGGAUAGGGAAGGUGGUUGA